AAGUUGGCUAAAAUGAUUAUCUGUGCUUCUGUGUAUCCGAGAUGCGGGGACGUCGAAGCCCGGAUAUCGGGGCUGUAGUGGCUUAACACGUUCGACUUGCAAACAUGUACAACCUAAUGAAGGAUAUAUGCAAGCCGUGAGUGGUCUCUUUGCGACGAUCUUCCCACUCAAUCAUACAUUGUCGUACCUGCCUCAAGCGUGUAUUCCGACAUCACAUCAUCAUGGCGAUGAAAGUCACUCACGAAGGCAAUGUUCGCCGUUCGUCAAAAGAGAAGACAGAUGUCGAGCAGAUCGAAGCCGUUACAACAACACCACCACAGACGCUUGUUUCUUCAGACGCCACCACUAUAACGCCGAAGACAUGGUUCGUCAUCUUCGUCUUGUCUUCAACGUUUGGUCUCUCCUUCUGGCCGGUACCUACAACCUCCGCUAUGAUGUCUCGGCUCGCUGUCCAGUUCGGUGACCCCACAUCGAGCGCAUGGUAUAUACCCGCGUACACGACAGCGAACGCCAUCGGCUUCCUGAUAGCAGGGGCAAACUCUGAUCUUUUUGGAAGGAGAUGGUUCUUGUUGUUUGGCAAUGCAUGUUGUUGCGUUGGGUUUAUCGUUACCGCUACGGCGAAGGGAGCAGAUCACUUUACAGCGGGAUUGGCGAUAACAGGUUUUGGAGGCGGCUUUGCGCAGAUGGCUAUGUGCAGUAUCCCUGAACUCUUACCAAACAAGUUUCGACAUAUCGGUAUCUGUCUUUCGGAUGGUUUCGUCUUCCUCAUCGUUAUAAUCGGCCCCAUCGUUGGAAGGUACGCUAUCGAUGUUGAUGCGUGGCAAUGGGUUUACUGGGCUGGUCUUAUUGCCCAAUUCAUGUCCUUUACAUCCUUAUUCUUGUUCUACAAGCCCCCGAAGCAUCCCAAAGGAGUCCCAUGGGACGAAGCAGUCAGGGGCCUUGACUAUGUGGGCACUGCGCUCAUCGUUCCAGGCAUCUGCCUCACGCUUGUCGGCAUCGUAAACACCACAUACAAGCCAAGUUCAGAUGUCACCGUCAUAGCUCCUAUGGUAGUUGGGCUAGUCCUGAUCGCUGCUUUCGGAGUUUGGGAGACGCUGUCGAACACCAGGUUCAAGCUCUGUCCACCGCAUCUGUUCCGGAGCCACAAGGGAAGAGAAUUCACGGCGCCAUUCAUCGUAGCAUUCAUCGUAACGAUGUUCUAUUACUCCGUCAAUAUCAUCUGGCCGACCAUGGUGAAUGUCUUUUACCUGGGCCCGAAUGUGUCUCGGAGUACUGAGCUGCUACUCACAUUACCACCAAAUGUCGGCCUCGUAUUCGGAUCAUUGUGUCUGAUGGCUUUUGGCAACGUGCUAGGACACUGGAAGUGGACUUUGAUCGCUACUUGGACUGGGAUGGUGCUCUUUGGCGCCUUGAUGGGUCUUGUCACUCCAUUCAAUCAAAGCUUGAUGAUCGCAUUCUGCUGCAUCAAUGCUUCGUUCUUCGGAUGGGCGCAGUAUGAGUCCAUCGCGUUUACACAACUUGGUGUGCCGCAGCAGGACCUUGGCUUCUCCGGUGGCCUGGCGGGCAUGGCUCGUUAUGCAGGAGGAUCGCUUGCUCAAGCCAUUUACACCACGAUUCUCACUAACACGCAAACCACGCGUGCUGCUGCUACAGUUCCCGCUGCAGCUGUAAGGGCAGGCAUGUCGUUGGAGAAUGCGCAAGCUUUACUUGCAGCUCUUCCUCUCGGUGCUGCCGCUAUCGCGGAAGUGCCAGGUACGACCGCCGAGGCUCUGGGCGCUGCUUCUUUGGCAUUUCAAUGGAGCUACGCGCACGCAUUGAAGGUUGUGGCACUCAGCAGUCUGAGUUUCGGCAUUGUGGGCUUGCUUUGCAUCUUCUAUUGCGAAGAUCUGACGCCUAAGAUGACGGACAAGGUGGAGGUCUUCCUUGAGAAUGACGUGUACGCGGACAAGAACGAAUUCCACUGAAAAUCGAAUCGGCUAUAGCUUAAUUAAUGGAAUGGCUUCACUACAAUUCUGCAUUCGAGCUUCAUAAUGGUGUGGGUAUCGGAAUC